UGAUAUUUUAUGAAAUUAUAAUGGCGAAUCUUAAACGCAAACUUCAAUAAUAUCAUUUUACGGGAUACAGCUUAAACUGCUGGAUUGAUUUUGACAUUCUAGAUGUCCCUAGAUUUGUCUUGACAGUGCGAGUGACACUGGUUUUUUUAAAAUUGAAAUGGCAGACUUUAAAUAAAAACUUCCACUUUGAAAUUUAGAUUUAAACAGUUUGAUGGAUUUUUGGUACUUGAAGUUCCCUUAGAUUCGCCUUUAUAGCUCAAAUUUUUAGUUUGCAGUGGGGUUGUUUUCAUAAGCAGCGCCGGAAAGUUUACAUUCUUAGGGUUAUGAUCAAAACGUUGCCACUACGAAUUGUUUGUCGGAAUCUUUGGAUUUACAAAAGAGAAUCGAAAGAAAUUAAAAUGACAUUUCUGGAUUUACGUUUGUUGAACAAUACAAAAAGUAGGAGGAACGAUCCGUCCCGCCAAUGUACUUUCAAAAAAGCCAGAAAUCCUGCCAAAAGCUGACGCGACGGGUGGAAACCCUAAAAUUGAGAUCAAUCUGCCACUAUUUGAUGCAAAAAUGACCACGAUCCACGAUGGAUUGGAAUAUAUUCUACGUGGGAAAGAUCUGGAAAGGUCUCGUUAUAGACCGGGAACCUACGUACGAUUCCCGGAACGUACACAGUCCUGCAUAAAAUCUUUUGUCAAAAACUGUUUGAAUUGUUCACACUAGCAUGUGUGGGUAUCUCUUAAAAAAAUCUGUUACAAAAUACGAGUAUUAUGGUUUUUGCAAUUUAAUUUUAUAUUUUUUUUGUAACAUCUUGUAUUAUUAUUCAAAUAUCAACCAAAAUCUACCGAUGGAAUGUCAACAAAAGUAGGAAAAUAAAAGAAGGAAACUAUGUAUUAGCCUACAAAAGGGC